AUGAACCAGUACAUCAAAAACUUGGAGGAAGAGGCGAAGAACGCCGCCCAGGAGGAGACUAUGAUCUCUGAUGAGAAGAAGCAUCUCAUCGCGGAGCUCAUGAACUGCGCCGGCAACUGGGUGUUGGACUCGCUGCACGAGCACUCGAACCGCAAGAAGGUGGAGACCAACCGUCUGCUCAAGCAGGCCGUGAGCGCUGCCGACUUGCAGAAGCUGGUGCAGCAUUUUACGCACCGCGUCAUCGACCUGGAGGAGCGUAUCAUGCGCCAGAAGCAGCAUAUCCUCAACGGCGAGCACAACGCGGAGAUGCUCAACGAAAAGGUAGAGAAACGCGAGAUCGGGGCCCGAGUCGAGGACGUGUACAGCGUGUCCAAGCCGCAGGAGAAGGACGAGGACAUGUUGAUGACGUCGCAGAUCCGCAGUAUGUUGCAGCAUCUUGUCGAGGCCUUCAAAAUACCGAUCAACCGUCUUUUGAAGGAGGACGAGAGUCUACAACACGCGUCUACGCGGUUGGAGGGCGAGAUCGACUCGAUCAACGCCUUCAUGGAGCGUAUGGUGAGCGAGGAGAGCGCUCUGGGCGCCACUGAGAAGACCUCGCUGGCCCAGGACUACAAGCAAAUGCACGCUGAGCACUUGAAAGCCGCAACGACUACGACCGCAAGGCGUGUGCCGAGUUCGUUCAGCGCUUCAAGGUGGCCCAGGAGAUGA